AUGCAGCGUUUGGAAGCAUCUUUGUGCAGAUCAGUCAAGCUUCUACGAUCUUCAUUAAGCAACGAUGCUUACAUAGCCAAUUCGUAAUUUAAAUUGCCAUUAUGUCAUUUUUAUCUGCUUUCUCUUUAAGAUAAUGUCAACUAAUGUGGUUCUCAGUAAUCGCAGUUUUUUGUUUAUUGACUUGUAAAUUUCGUCAGCGAAACAUGAGAACCAAUCAACGAGUUGUAAAAUAAGAUGUGGCGAAAGUGGCCUGUAGUUGAAAGAUCCCGAUAUAAAUCCUGUUCAUGGUUGUAUCCUUAGUAUUCGUUUUGAAAGUGAGGAUUGUAAGGGUAGAGUUUUCAAUAUAUCAACGAGGGAAAUUCAUGCUUUCUAAAUGUGAAUACCUCAUUUUUUUCUGGUUAUAGUUAGUAUGGGCCUAGCUGCAAGACAAGCCUGGGAAAAAGACUGGAACUUCCCUUCAGUUUGAUUCGGGGGCGGAAUCCCUUUACCCUCGUUGGCUCACUAGUUAGGAUUCAAUUAGAUACCUUUAAUAAUCAUCACUUUUAUGGAAAGAGAAUUUCAUAACCCAGUCUGAUGUUGAUGACAUUUUGUAACCUAAUGCUUAAUUUAUUUUAUUUGUAGGAACUGUAAAUGGAAUCUGGUAAUCCAGGUACCUUUUUUGAUUUUUAUUCUCUUUCUUCAUACCCUUUGGUAGCUUUUAUAAUAACUCGACUUGGGUUGCAGGCUGAUUGGUUAGAUGGUAGACGUUAUUCUACUUCAAUGGUCGAAAGUAGGUUGGGGCACACUGAUAUGUAUAAAUUUACUGAAGAGGAUUCUCAGAAUCAUUCAGAGUCUAAACCAAUCGCAGGAUCAUCAGAGGUUUGUGCACACUGAAAAUUACUUGUUUUAUGCUAUUUUUCUUCUGUUACAACUUUGAUAUUGCUCUUUUUUCUAUGUUAGAAGAUUGAACUUUUUUAGUCAAACUCUUCUUCUUGAUAUUACAUGAAGAUUUGUCCUUCUUGGUAGCACCUACCACAGUUAUCUUGUGCUAUGUCAUCGUAUGCUUUGCGUUCCUAUUCAAUAUAUUUUGAGCGUCUUUUUUCUUUUACGGUCCUUUCUAUUCUGUGUUACAAGGUCGAAAUAGAGUUUCUCGAAAGUGAUGACUUAUAAUCAUUUUUUAAUAUAAUGUAAUACGUGAAAUUACAAUUCUAAUAAGAUCACAGGUACUUAGCUAAAAUAGAAGCAACUUCUUCAGUGCAUCGAGAUUAUCAAAUUCUUUUUAUAUUGAAGAACAAGUUUUAGACAACAACAGUUAGGUCAGCAACAAUAUACGGGAUAGAUUGUCUGGCAAUAGUCAUGUUGACUAAGUAUGCAUGUCUUAGAAAAUAUUACCAACGUAAGUGCAUAGGCAGUUGCUGAUAAAUUUUUCUGAAAGCUUCUUACAAUUGUUUGGACCCUUGCAUGGAAGACGGCAUGAAUAGUUAUUUACAGCCAUGGCCAACAUUUCGUGAAGAUGAAGAAGCUGAGUAGAACUUGUUUGGAGGCAAUGAGGAACGAUAUGAAAUGAAGCAUAUUGGAUGUAUAUAUGAUAUAUGACAUUGAAAAGCAGUGAAACUGUGACUAUAUUCUCACCUCAUCAAGUUGGAGUUUGGAGGAUGAUGGAUGAAGACAGAAACAGUUGUUUCUUGCUGUUUGAUUGGCAAUUUAUUCUCUUCUAAGUUUUCUGGCAGAAGCCUAUUUUGUCAACAUUCACAGAGUGUAUCAGUCAUCAUUCGUCAUUUUUCUCCAUUUACUUGUAAUAAUUUAAAAAUGCCAUCAAAAGAUCCUCUCUCUAUUGGUACAAUGAUGAAGGAAUCUUAGCAAAAAUCAUUGUACCCGAUCGGCAAGAAAAAAGAAACAAACCUGUUGCAUGUGUUUCUAAAAAAGACAUCAUUCUGAGCAUUUGGGUGUAUAAUGGGGAAUCAAAUUCCAGUUUAUUUUAUCUGAUGAUUAUGUGCAAUAUUCUUGUUUUUUAUUUUUUUAUAAAUUCUCCCCCCAGUCAAUGGUUUCUGGACACAAUAAAGGCCCAUUUUCUGAACCUUUAUGAUUUUUCUCUAUGGUAGUUUUAAAGCUUGCCCUGAAACAAAAGGGUUAAUGUGUUUAGGUUCAGGGAGACUAUCAAGCUCUUGAUCAAUUUUCAAGCAAAACAAUGUUACCACGGAAGAAAGCUAUCGGAGAAAAUAUUUCAUCGAGGGAUAAGAGCACAUUUCUUCUCAAUGCGGUAGGCACUGCCAUCCAGAUCUGUGAUUUUUUUUUUCCGCUCAUAUUCAAACAUGAAGGGCUACCGCAGCUUAUGAUAAGUGAGAGUGGGCAGCAAGAACUCUGUCUCCGCCCCAAAAGACCGAUGAAAAAUACUUUUGACAAUUUUUUUUGUGUAAAUUGAAUUGAAAGAUCCAAUUAAGUUCUAUAAUUUAUGUAAAAAAGCGGACAUCAGUCUAGAAUAAUUUAUUACUUCUGAGCUGUUUGCGAUUUCCUUUUUGUUAUACAUUAUGCGGUUGUUUUUCAUCUGCUUCGAACACAACUUCCUAAUUAUUUUGAUGAACGAAUGCCUACAUUGUAUUGGGAAUAUAUUACUCGGUGCCUAAAACGCAAACACUCCGUCAAAUCGGUAAAUGAAUCAAGCUGGUAUAUGGGAAAACCCCAGUAAGCCCCUCUCUCUCUCUCUCUCUCUCCUAGGCGUCAGGGUGUGGGUGUGUUUAGGUUUUGAUUGAACCUGGUCUGAAGUGGCCCACUAGACAAUGUGACUUAUGUUGGGUUUCAGAUCCAUUCUGUCCAUCAGCACACGGACUUUUCUGCAAAAUUAGAUAGUAUCUAUUGAAUUGUUGACUGAUUGCAUGCUUUCUAUUUAUAAAAAAAAUCAAUUAACUUGCUGCUGAUCAAAGGCCCAUUGGGCCCUUUGUGUAAAAAAAUAUUCAAUUGGUGGGGCACAGACAAUGUUCUACCUCUAUAAUGCAGUACACACCAUGUAUAUGAUUGAUUUUAAGAUAAGUCAGAAAAUAUUAAUUUAAAUAAUGGUUGACCAAUCAGAUAAGCAUCACUGUAGGUUUAUGUUUAUAGUUAGGAUCCCUAUCAUGGUGUCUUGCUUUUAGAACAAGAUUUAUAUCAUAGGAAGCUUGAUUUUUUUUCUCUAAGUUGAUUACUUGUGAUGGAUUAGCAAUGGGAACAUCAAGUUCCACCUCCUAUUUAUAGGUGGAAUUUGAGGCCUUUGAAGGGGAGAUCUUAGGUCUGACCUAGAACCCAACAGUUCCCAUGACUAAUGGGCCGGAAUUUCGGCAUUAAACACUCCAAAAAAGUAGAUAAAUCCGCUGGAAUAGAUUAGAUUAAGCCUCAAAUGUUCCUAAAAAAUAGAAGAAAACGGUUGGGUUAACUAGGGUCUUAAAUAAACCUUAAAUACUUUUUAGAAAUAGCGAAAGCAUUCAAAGAUAAAUUUAAGAUUUAUUGCCCUACGAAAUUCAGCAAAAAUGAUCUGUAAACCUGUAUACCCACUGUAUGAUUGACUGAAUGACCUCAUCACCUUCUAUCAAAUGAGUCCGGGAUUUAACAUCUUCCAGUAUUAGGUUAACAAGCAGAUGGAUUUAUUGGGUUCAAAAAUUUCCCAAAAUGAUGAUAUCUGUGGCUGAUGACAUGAUUCAGAGAUUUGAUUUCUGUAAGGAAGAAUGUAAUUGGAGAUACGUAAGUUUUUCAAAAGCCCCUUGCAGAAUGGAGGCACGCCGUUCUUCGUUAUACUUGUCAUUGACCAGAUUUUCUGCUGCUCUACUUCUUUAUCCAAUGAUGUGAUGGAGAUUAGCCCUCUUGCAGCUUAUAAAUCUUAAUGAUUCGAGAGAGGCUGUUUAUGGGACUCUUGAUGGUUGGGUUGCCUGGGAGAGGAGCUUUCCUCUGGUCUCUUUGAAGAGAAUACUCAUCACACUUGAGAAGGAGGAGCAGUGGCACAGAGUUGUUCAGGUCCUAUACACCAUUUCUGCAAAUAAUCCGCCUCUUGGGCUCGAAAGAUAUCUCAUUCAACACUUCGUACUCAUCCUGUCUUCCUUCUGGUUUUUCUUUUUUCUUCUUCUUCUUCUCCAUCUGUUCUUGCCAGGUCAUAAAGUGGAUGCUGAGUAAGGGACAAGGAAGAACAAUGGGAACAUACGAGCAGCUGAUUCGGGCCUUAGAGAAGGAUCACAGAGCAGAAGAAGCCCACCGAAUCUGGUUGAAGAAGAUCGGGAGUGAUAUCCAUUCGGUGCCAUGGCGGGUCUGCGAUCUCAUGGUCUCUAUUUACUACCGAAAUAACAUGCUGGAGAGGCUCAUCAAGGUAUUUUCAGAAAGCUUGAAACCACCGAAUUAAUUCUUUUUUAAUGAGCCCAUGGCUAAAUAUGAACCCCUGACUAUGGUUGAAAUCAAAUAUAUUUAUGCGAUAUAGUUCUUGUGAAAUCAUGUGAAACAUAAUUACCUGGGUUUUCCUUAACAUUACUAAAUAUGAACCAUUUCAUGUGUAUAUUUCCUGUCGUUAUUAGUAAAACAACAUGCUGGAAUGGGCUGGCAGGGUACCACUUAAUUAAUUAUCUUUUAAUCCACCCCUGACUAUGGUUGAAAACAAAUAUAUUUAUUUAUGCGAUAUACUUCGUGUGAAAUAUUCAAUGGCUGUCAUCGAAAUCACGUGAAACAUAAUUACCACUGAAAUGGUUUUUUUUUUAAGGGAGUAAGUAGCGAAAUCUCUAUUUUCAUGGUACAUUUCAUGUGAAAUAUUUCAGCUGUUCAAGGCCCUCGAAUCGUUUGAUCGCAAGUCGCCCAGCAAAUCCAUCGUGCAGAAGGUGGCAGACGCGUACGAGAUGAUGGGAUCGUCAGAGGAGAAGAACAGGGUUCUUGAAAAAUAUAGCAGCUUGUUCUCUGAAGCAGCUGCAGCAGGGCAUCCGAGGAAGCCUCGGCGGGCUGUAAAGAAACCGGUAAUGUUUGUUUGACCCUUUCGGUGUUCGUCUGAGGGUUUGGUUGACUUUUAUUCCCCCUGACCGUUGACUUUGGUUUGGAUCGAAACUCGUCAUCUUCUCUGUCCCAGAGGUCAGAAAGCUUGUAAGGCCAAGGCCUCCUGGAAAUCUGGAUCAGACUUUUUCAGUAAAGACGACAGGGUUAGAGGUAGGUUGGGUGGCAAUCGUUCCCCAUUUGUUACGGAGUCCUCAACGUCUUUUGUCUAUCUCUGGGUUCGUCACUUGAUUUUUGUUACCAUUUUUAUCAGCAUAAUGCGAAAGUCAAUUGGUCUAUAGUCAACAAAAGGAGGUAGUGGUUUUAUUCCACUUUCUAGGCAUGCUCCGUAUGAAGGCGGGCCCGAAAUAUCCCAUUUAGGCCCAAUGAGGUUCAAUGAUGGACCGAUAAACGUGUCAUCAUCUGGGCCGUCCACGCUCCGGUCGUACUGGGUCCGCACCCAGUGGCCGAAGGGUCACGUUUCGGGCUUAGCUAGAGACCUGGUCCUCUGGGCCCCCACCUUGAGAUCUUCCCAUGUUCGUGAUGACGGCGACGUCACGGCCAUCGACGUGCGACGGCUCACCCGACGGUCCACACUGUCCCCCCCACCUCCCCCCCCUCCCCCUCUCCGCCGUCGCAGUCACCCACCGACACCGUCUCCUCAACCUCCGUGUGAGAGGGAGAGAGAGAGAGAGAAGAGAGGGAAAGAUUAGAGAUGCGGAUCUACUUGGUCAAUUUUCUAAGAACCGAUUUCUCUGCUCUGUUUCAGGGGUGGAAUUAUAUUUUCUCCUUAAUUUUUUAAUUUACCGAAAUGAUGAGGACUUUUUUUAAUUAAAAAUAUUUUCUCUAGAUUCCGAAUAUCAAUUAGUAGAACUGAAUCUUGCAUAUAGUCACAUGCCGUUUUGAUACCGUAAUUAUUCUAAUAUGGAUUCAAAAUAAGAAAAGAGCAUACACAAGUCAACGGCGUAUCCUGGACAUAAAAAAAUAGUAUAAUAAGAAAACGAAAAAAAAACUUGUACAAACUCUGGGGGGAAAAAUCAAAAUUUCUUUUUCAAUGGUCUUCCCAUUUAUUUUUAGAAAAAAUAUUAUGAAUAUUAGGAGGAGUUACAAGGCAGCGAUAUCUCACCCACAGAGUCAACGGCUUUUUCGGCACGAUCCAGGGCAAAGAAAAAUUAGUAAAAAUAGUAUCAAGUAUAUGCCCCUAAAUAUUAAAUUCUCGGUCCACGGCGGCGAGGGAGCUUUUGCAGAAUAAAUUUCACCCGAUAAAUAAUAAAAAUAUUAGAUUUGUCGGCGUCCGACGUCAGCUUCCUCCAACCCCCCAUACUAUUCCCUCUCUCUCUCUCUACCCUAA